AUGGUCGGAGUGAGAAAGAAGCGCCAAGUACUUGCGUUUCUUAGCGUUGUUGAUCUUUUGACAGGCAAAAUACUUAUAAGUCGCUAUGUCGUUCCUUCGGAAGAGGUAGUUGACUGGAGGUCGGAAUUCAGUGGUAUAACAAAAGAUACCAUGAACAGUGCAAUAUUAUCUGGAGCAGUAUUUAGUGGUUGGCUAGAGGCGCGCGAUAAAUUAUGGGAGCUUAUGGACGACUCUACUAUACUAGUAGGCCAGUCUCUCAAAUUUGACCUCGAAGUUCUAGGCAUCUGCCAUGCGAAUAUUGUUGACACCGCCAUUCUGACUGCCGAGGCCGUGUUCCCUUCCAUUAUCCCUACCAAGCCGUUACCCCGUAUGUGGAGCCUGAAGAGCCUUGCGAAGGACUUUUUAAGCUUGGAGAUACAGAACAGCAAUAUUGGUCAUAGCGCUCUAGAAGACGCAUAUGCAGCACGGGAAAUAGCCAUCUGGUGUAGCAGAAACCCAGAGGGACUGAAAUUGUGGGCAGAAAAGGCUCGACGCCGAGAGAAAGAAUCUAAGCUCAAAAAGAAGCCGCAAAGUCAUCGCAAAGGCAGCUCCAAGGGAGAUUUGCCUGUCUCUCAGUCUAGUCGAGUUCAAGAACAUGACACUGCAUAUUACGAAUACUAUGAUGAUUUUCGAUUAUCCGAUCUUGCGGAGGAACUCGGAUGGCCGGAGGGUUGGGAUCCUUGGUCCGAUUGA